UAUUGCACAUAGUUUUUCUUUUUAUUUUCAUCAAUCAUAUUAUUUUCGUCGUGUUUUGUAAAAAUGACUCCCGUUCUUCCUGUUACUUUAUUACCAAUUGGCGUCCGGGGUAUGAAAAUUCUUAAUCGUCAAAAAUUCUUGCGUAAGGUGGUGGUGCCAAUACUAAAAGUGGGCGACGAAAAGGUCUCUGAAGUGACUCCUAUAUGUAAGAAUUACCUUUUGAAACUUGAAAAUUUCAAGCCUGUACAACCUCUGAAACAAAAUUCCGAAAAUUCUUAUAAGAUUAUACAUUUAAAUCCAGAAAGAAUUAGUCAAUGGUCUGAUAUCGAUAAUUCAGAUCGCGAAGUAUUACAGAGAUGUGGCAUCACAGAACAAGAUUUAGAUACAAAAGAGAUACAAAUUACAUAUGACAAUUUUAAGUAUGAUUCAAUUUUCAAAGCAGUUCUACCAGAAAAUGAAGAAACUGUAAGUGGAUUUUCUCAAAUAGGUCACAUCAUACAUCUUAAUUUGCGUGAACAUCUUUUAGAUUACAAACAACUUAUUGGUGAAGUAUUGAUAGACAAAAUCAAAACAUGUACUACUGUUGUUAAUAAAAAUAACAUCAUUGAUAACACAUACAGAAAUUUUAGUAUGGAAAUUAUUGCUGGAGAAGAAAAUUAUAUAGUUACAGUUAAAGAAAAUGGUUGCAACUUCAGAUUUGAUUUCUCCAAGGUAUACUGGAAUCCAAGAUUGUGCAAAGAACAUGAAAGAAUAUUGGAAUACAUAAAACCGGGAGAUGUUUUAUUUGAUGUCUUUUGUGGAGUUGGUCCCUUUUCCAUACCUGCAGCUAAAAGAAAAUGUAAAGUAUUUGCCAAUGAUUUGAAUCCAGAUUCAUUUACAUGGUUAAACUUUAAUGCCAAGCAAAAUAAAGUUAAUAUGACAAAUUUUAAAUCAUACAAUUUGGAUGGCAAAGAUUUUAUAUGUAACAUUUUUAAAGAUUUUCUAGUUGGUUUGUGUAAAGGAACAGAAGAAUUGCAGAAUGGAUCUAAAAUUCAUGUAACAAUGAAUUUGCCAGCAAUGGCCGUGGAAUUUCUAAAACAUUUUAAUGGAUUAUUGGAAGAUAAAUUACUAAUGGAGAAAUUUAAUUAUGAAAUUAUUGUUUAUGUGUAUUGUUUUGUGGUUGGUGAUGACCCAUAUAAAGAUGCAGAACAGCUGGUUCGAGAAAGUAUUGGAUGUGAUAUAGAUAUUUUAAAUACCUUUAAUGUGAGAAAUGUUUCACCAAAAAAAGAAAUGAUGCGAGUUACAUUCAAACUAACUAAAAGUAUAAUAUUUGGUGUAAAUCAAGGAUCAAUAUGUGAGCCUCCGACAAAAAAAUUAUGUGUGGAAAAAGAAUUAAAAGAUUAGAUCACUUUAAAGAGAUGUUUAAAAAUCUAUUCAGACUGAAUUCUGAGACACACUUGAACUCUUGCUGAACUUUACACCCACUUCAGUGUAUUGUGCAUUUGGCAGUUGUGUGUAAAUAUCAUAAGUGAAAAUCUGUUAUGAUUAAUAUUGUUACAAU